AUGCACAUUCUGUUGGGAAUGGAUCUACAAUACACAAUGUUGGAGUCUUCUACAAGUGAUACUCAACAACGGCGCGCCUUUUCAUGCGAUUCUUCUCUCUACCUCGUUCAUCACUUCCCAUGGAUGCAACGGAAAACACUUUUGAGAAGAUAUGUCAUUCGACGGCGACGUAACAAACCAAAGCGCACCGCUGUAAGCUGCACUGUUUUCUCUUCCUUGACUGCGAAUGAGCACGUUUGCACCAUUUCCAAGAACACGACGACGAAAUGUACUCUCAAUCAAGCGACGAUGAUCGCGCUUCAACCAUUGCAGCAAGAGACCUGCCUGCAGAUAAGCGACCACAAGAAACUGUCACAUUUGGGCAAAUGCUUUCCGUUCAGCCUACGUGAUGUCCAAUAUCAUUGCCACAAGAGGAUCGAGUUUUUCUCACGAGACCAUGAGCUAAUAUCAGAAUCGCACCAUAGCUGUUACCUAGCCGGUAGCUGUACCAAGAAGUUUUGUGACAACGUCAAACCCACCGAUACUCUGAUAAGAAAUAAUUCUUUCCUGUGGAUGUUGACUUGUGGGGUUGCCUGCGUGCUGCGAAGAUAG